AGAUAAAAUUUGGGUGGAUAGCGACAAACUUUAAAGAAGAAGUGAUACGGAACGACGCAGUCCACUGAAGCGUAUGUUUGGAUGUACUAACAAGGAUGAAGAUAAUGGAGAAACCAAUGCUAGCCACCUUGCUGACGGUUAUUCUUUUCGCGUCUCAGACAAGGGCUCGUUUCUUGUCAAUAACUGGAACGGAUACCGGCGGUGUGUGGACUCUCACCCUGGACUUUAUCAGGGAGACAGCAGAUACAGCAGAUCUCGCCUUUGUCGCCAUCUGGACGCAACUAGACAACUCCUAUCCAGCUAACUGCAGGACCGACGGCGGGACGGGAAUUACGUUAACGUCCCCAGUCGCUGGCACACAGAGAACUAUACUUCAGAUAGACGUCUCGACCCCCGGCACCCCGGUCUUCAAAGACGCCAAUGGUGUUGACAUCGGCUGCAGUUUUAUGUACGAUGACGGAACUAUGGUGGUCGAUUUCAUCGUGCGGACAUUCGUGACUGCCGUGUCAGGUGUAGGCGCGCCAUCUCCAGUUGACGACGACCUUGAAUUCCGUGUCUCCAUCGACGGGACCGGUGGUGUUACCGAUCAGACUGUGCUGCCUCUCCGAACAUUGUUCGGAGAUGGAUGGACAGACUCUGUAGUGAUGAACACAGUUACUGAGGACACCGUUACCCUGGUGCUAGAGGUGGUGGACCAGGCGACAAAGUCCGUCCAAACCAACAUGGAGCUCGGCAAGGCUGCGCAGCUCAAAUUCACGCUCACAACAGACCCGUACAAAUCCGAUACCAGUAUUGCUGGGGCGAGGAUGAAAACGUGUGAAGUAUCUAGUGAGAGCGACUUCAGCGCACCCUCCGUCACGUUCAUCGAUACUGAUGGAUGUUUUCUUCCAUUUGAUGCCGAUACCCAGUAUAUGUUCUACAACGCCAGAACGAAUAAGGGAUUCGACUAUUCCUCCUCUACCCUGACGGACACCACGUGGACGUUUAUCGCCUACUCCGACCCUUUCGAGAUGGCCGGUUUCCCACAAAUAGAUGUGAGCAGCGGCAGUACCAGUAGUCUGUAUUUUCGGUGUGAGCUCGAUCCCUGCUACGACGUCUCUGACACCGCAAGUGGGGAGUGUGGAGGGAACCAUUGCGAUGGUACAAGGCGUAAACGACGAUCCGAGAGAAGACCGGGUGCGAUAGUGUACGCAAACGUGACCGUCAUUCACAGUGCUAACAACACGGAGCUUAAUCGACAGACUCCGAACCAGAAGAGGUCGUGCGACAACUGUGUAGAAAACUCCCUAGGAACGGGUACUAUGGCGACCCUGUGGAGCCUCUCUGCUGUGGUGUUCGCCGCCAUGGUCUACGUGUACAUGGACGUCAGCAGCACCUUUGUCCGUCUCCGGCGUGAGGGCGCGGGGCACGUAACACCAUAUCAGAAGAAGCUUGUUGUCAGAGGUUAAUGAAGGACCCAUUUGAUACCGAAAACAGCUUGUAACACCACAUGUACUUGUUCUGCCUAAGGCGUAGUUAGCCGCACAAAAAACGUUCCACUUGGACUUGAAUCUAAUAUGUGAAUCUCUCCUUUAACUUAUGGGCCCACCCCACACAAAAACGAGUUCCUCGUGAUUUUUACCUUUCUGUUAUAAUUGUGUGUAAACAUGAUACAAGUACUUAAAGCAUAUCACACAAGUACAUGUACAAGCGGUGUUUUGCAAUAUAUUUAAAGGAGAUCAACUUUGACAUUGUGUUACUUUUGUUUUUCGAUGAAAUAUCAUGUUAUUUUCACUGCUAUUCUCACUGCUCUAAUCAAUGUUGGUUCCUGUGUUUAAAACGAAUUAUAAAAAUAAAAAAUCCACUUUGC